AUGGGUUUCGCACAUAAUAACGUCCUCCACAAAAAUCACUUCCGCAAGGAUUGGCAACGUCGGGUUCGGACUUGGUUCGAUCAGCCCGGUCGCAAACAGCGCCGCCGCGUUGCACGCAAGACAAAGGCAGGACUCCUUGGUGCUCGUCCUCUUCAACUCCUCCGCCCUGCCGUUCGUGGUCAAACCGUUCGUUACAACUCGAAGAUCCGUGAGGGUCGUGGCUUCACCUUGGCAGAGCUCAAAGAGGCCGGUAUCGGCAGGAAGAAGGCUCUCGGUCUUGGAAUCGUCGUCGACCACAGACGAAGAAAUCUCAGCGAGGAGGGAAAGGCUGUCAAUGUCGCCAGACUAAAGGCCUAUAGCGAACGCUUGAUUGUCUAUCCACGAAAGGCGAAGAAGCCCAAGAAGGGUGAUGCCACGGGUGAUGACCUUACCUGCGAGACUACGCGCACUCAGCUCGCGCUUGUAGACCCCUAUGAGCGUGAGGCACCUCGCAAGAUUACUGAUGAGGAGCGAUCAUUCGAGGCUUACAAGACUCUCCGUGAGGCCUGGGCUCGGGCUCGUCACGAGGGUGCCAGGAAGGCGCGUCAGGCAAAGAAAGACGAAGAAGAGGCCAACAAGAAGAAGUAA